UUUUUAUAAUAAUAAAAUGGAAAGUAUUACUAAAGCUAUUGAAGAAGAGAACACCCAGAUAAUCCGGUAACUGAGUGCUUAGUUUUAGAAUACUUUAAAUUUUCACUCUCAAACUUGUAACAAGUCCCAAAACUUUAAAGUCCUAGAGAAGUCUGUCCUGGUAAAAACCGAGAAGCAAGAGGUCACCACAUGCCAGAGCAUCCUCUAUAAGGUUCGGCCAGAUGAAGAAAUUGAGCCAUCGAAUCCAGACUUCGAAGAAGUUUCACCAUACAGUGGACUUUACAUUUGGUUGAACAAAAUCAGAGAUGAAAAACUGUUUAAAAGUUUGAAGUGUCUUAAGCUUUUUGAUAUAGAUUGGGUUUAUUUGACUCAGAUUUCUUCUAAAAAUAGGCGUUUUGUAAAUUUCUUACAAUCCUCAUUCUCAAAUAAAAUUAAGAACUUCAGUUUUUGUUACAGUGGCCAAAUGGAUCUGAAAAGGUCAAAUUACUUAAACUCCCUGACCAGACUCAGCUCCAAAGUCGUUCAACAAGUUCACUUUAGUGAUUUCAGCAUCGGCCUGCCCCAACUGAAGAGGCUGGUGGCAGCUUUCAGACAUGUGAGAGCUUUGGGAUUGAGAUAUUGUAGGCUAUCUAUCCCAAGUGUUGCUGAUUUAUCAAAGGCUCUGAAGAAUUGCCAAAUCCAGGAAAUAUAUUUAUUAGAAUCAGGAAACUCGGAUAGAAGUGAUUGGGAGAACAACUUAGAAGAGUUCGAGAACUUGGUACAAGGGUUAGCAAGCUCUCCAGAUUUAAGAUUGAGUCUUGAGCAAGUAAAUGUCUAUAACUGCGGAGUAACUCAAAAUAAAGCCGAACAUAUCUUUGAAGAAAACCAGCUUGGAGGAGUUAACAUAAUUGAUGGAAAAUAA